CUUUGAUAAUAAAAUUUGGUUGUUCUAGAACAGUUUUUUUCAACGAGACAAUUUUGAGCUCUCCCCCAUCAAUAGCUUUACCAAUGUUAAAAUCUGGUCACCUUACAUUAGUCUAUUGUUCAUUUUUUAUCAUAUAAAGCUUUGUUUUUUUGUAUCAUUUAUUAUAAUUAAGAUAAAAUUAUUAAAAAAAAAUUUAAAUUAUUAUAAUUAAUCUUUAGAUGGAAAUACCUAAUACUGGUAUUAUAAACAAGUAUAUUGCUACCCAAGGACCUCUUCCAAAUACUUGUGCAGAAUUUUGGCAGAUGGUAUGGGAACAGGAUUCUACAAUUAUUGUUAUGGUUACAACUUUAACAGAACAAGGACAAGCAAAAUGUUAUAGAUAUUGGCCUCAAUCUCUGAGAGAGUCAAUUGAAUAUGGUCCAUUACAAAUAACUUUGGUUCAAGAGGAAGAAACACCAACUGGAAUUUUUCGUCAAUUUUCUGUACUUAAUGUAGAGACAAAUAAAUUACGUAGAAUAAUACAGAUGCAAUAUGUAUCGUGGCCGGAUCAUGGUGUUCCAGAAAAUGAUGAAGAUUUUUUUAAUUUUGUUGGACAAAUUAGACAGAAGAGAAAGGAAACAAUGGAACCAAUAAUUGUUCAUUGCAGUGCUGGAGUUGGAAGAACUGGAGUUGUUAUCUUAAUGGAAACUGUAAUGUGUUUAAUUGAAGCCAAUCAGCCAAUAUAUCCUUUAGAUAUUGUACGAACAAUGAGAAACCAAAGGGCAAUGCUCAUUCAAACAACAGUAAAGAAAUUAAUUUUAUAA